UGGGCAAAACCCAGGUGGUGCCCUGGUAUUCCCCCUGUCUGGGCCAUGGCUCCCACACUCAGGAACCAGACCUUGUGGGUGAGUACACGCUGUCCCUCCUGCCAAGUUAAUAACUUCCUGCCCCAGGCAGGAAUAUAACUCUGCACUUACAGCAGCUCCUGCUCAGGCUGCCUGUCAAAACCACCCUGCAGCUGCGGAUUAAGGAUCAUGGUCAUGGGAAUGCGGGGUUUCAGGGCAUCCCUCAGGAACUGCUCUUCUCCCCAGAAUUCCAUAACAGAAGCCCGUGUGCUUGUAGGUGUGCUGGUCAUGGUGGGCUUCACAGUGGGAAAGGGUAAGUAAGUGGGGCCCAGGGGCAGGGUGGAAGAGGUGUCUCGAGUCCAGGAAGGGGGUGGAGCUAGGCCCUCGGGGGUUCCUACAGGGCAGGGGACUUAGGAGUGAGCCAGUGUUCCCAUUCCUUUGCCUCCCCAGCUCCUGCUCCUGAGGUCCGGACCUGCCACUUCUGCCUCUUAGAAGACCCUUCUGUGGGAUGCAUUUCAGGCUCGGAGAAGUGCACCAUCAGCAACUCCUCCCCGUGCAUGGUGAUCUCCAUCUAUUACGAUAUCAAGGUUCGCUUCACCAUCCGAGGCUGUGGACAGCACAAUUCCUACCGCUGCCAAGAAAAACGUAACACCUACUUCUCAGAGUACUGGUAUCAGGCCCAGUGCUGCCAGUACGAUUACUGCAACUCCUGGUCCAGCCCCCAGCUGCAGAGCUUCCUGCCUGGGCCCUCUGACAAGUCCCUGACCUUGCCUCUGUCUGACUCCCAGAUCCAGCGGUUCUACCAGGCCCUCAACCUCUCACUGCCCCUACGCAGCUUCCAUGCUGGGACGGAGCCUGAAGACCUGGACCCCCUGGCCACGCUGCCCCUGAACCUGGGCUUGUCCAUUGCUGCCCUGCGCCACAUGUACUUGUUCCUCAACAGUUCAGGACUUUUGGUUCUUCCCCAGGCUGGACCCUGACACCUUACUCUUCCCAGGUUGCACUCCGUUCUAGCGCCUCUCCCUAACACCCCAGCAUCCUCACGGCCUGCUCUGAGAACACCCACACUCUUUGGUUACUGUGAUUUCUUAGGCCUCCCUCCUUUGUGCUCCAGCAUCUAUAUGGCUUUGGUUUAAUUUCCUCCCCUGAACCCUGGUGCUGUUCCUCCUUCUAGAAAAGAAUCUCAAGCGUGGAUUCUGCCCAGGCUGACCUGGGAAAGGCACAGUGAUUUCCUCAUCUCUUUUCCAUUAUCUGAGUGUUCAUCACCCCCUGUCUCCUCUCAAUCUGGUCACUUGCCACUUCUAUUUAGAUCUACCUCUUAAGAUCUGAUACCA